ACGCUCGUCACACUCUCAGGUGCAGCAGCGAGUGGUGGAGGCGGCGUUGCGUCUGGCCAACCAAUCGCAGCACGCCAUGUCAGCAGUCGAGAAGCUGGAUCUGCUCCACCCAUUGGUCCAGCAGCUGCAAGGGGUGGCAGGGGAGGGAGAAAUUGGAGCAGAAGGGGGAGGUGAUACUGGUGCGGGUAGAUCUGGGGGAGGUGCAAAUGAGGACGGAGGGGACGCUCUGGCUGCACUAGCAGCAUGUGAACUCAUAUCAGAGUUUGUGAACAGCAGCGUGGGGGCGCAACUGCUUGAACCCCGCAUUGAUGAGAUUCACAGCGCACUCAUCCAGAUCUGCACCACCCACGGCUCUCGUCUGCUGCUGCAUCCCCGUCGCCACGUCAUCACCUUUGUGCUCAAACAUGCGUUUGGGGGCAGUGGGCCCCACCCCUCCCUGCACACUGCGUCCUUGCAUGCAUUGGCUUCCGUCUUUGGAGCAGACAGAGUGGAGGGUAGCGAGCCAGUGCAGAUGGUGCCGGUGCAUGCCACCCACUCGGGAAUCAGCGGGGUGGAUGAGGGAAAGGAUCCAGAGGGGGGUAGGGGGGGUGGCAUGGGUGUGGAUUUGGAGGUGGGGGGGGACGGGGAGUCGAAGUUGAAAGAGGAGACGUUUGCCGCUGCUGCUAAAGCGCCGGGAGGACCCACCCUGGCGGUGAGUGUUGGAAAGAUGUCUGCUGAUUAGUCCUUUGUAUUAGAUAGAAGCAGGGUACAGGCAUGGCAAGGGUGUGCAAUAAGUCCAUUUUUUAGUCGACUAAAAAAUGAACUCAUUACACAAAAUCGGUCCUUUGUAUUAGAUAGAAUCGGGGUACAGGCAUGGCAAGGGAACUCGCAUACAGGUGCGGAUGGUCAGUUCCCCUAACCCCCACUUUAUCUUGGGGUGGCAUGGGUGCGGAUGCGGGGGAUGACGGGGAGGCGGAGCUUAAAGAAGAGACGUUUGCCGCUGCGGCUAAAGCACCGGGAGGACCCACUCUCGCGGUGAGUGAAAGCACCUUUAGUGGUCGUUGCUGUGAAGGCUUAUCCUCUUAGUGAGACUUAUCCUUGUAGUUCCUGCUACAGCAGCAGGAGGACCCACUCUGGCGAUCUUUAGUGCCAGUAGGCCGUCUUUUGAGUCGACUCAAAGCCACCUGGCUACAGCAACAGGAGGACCCACUCUGGCGGUCUAUAGUGCCAGUAGGCCGUCUUUAGUGGUCCACUCGUGGAGAUUUCAUCCUGGUCCUACAUGCCAAAGCGCCCUAAGCCUUAGCCUUUUCCGACUAGUGAAGCACCAGGAGGAUCCUCUUUGAGUGUGCGACAUUUG